CUGUGCGGCGCUGUUUAAAGAUGGCGGCGGAGGAGCUUCAGCAGCAGAAGCAGGAGCCGCUGGGCAGCGACUCCGAUGGUGUUAACUGUCUGGCUUACGAUGAAGCCAUUAUGGCCCAGCAGGACCGAAUCCAGCAAGAGAUCGCUGUGCAGAACCCGCUGGUCUCGGAGCGGCUGGAACUGUCGGUCCUCUACAAGGAGUAUGCCGAGGAUGACAACAUCUACCAACAGAAGAUCAAGGACCUCCACAAAAAGUACUCAUACAUACGGAAGACCCGGCCCGACGGGAACUGCUUCUACCGGGCGUUUGGAUUCUCCCACCUGGAGGCGCUGCUGGAUGACAGCAAGGAGUUGCAGCGGUUCAAGGUCGUGUCGGCCAAGAGCAAAGAGCAGCUGGUGUCCCAGGGCUUCACCGAGUUCACAAUUGAGGAUUUCCACAACACGUUCAUGGACCUGAUCGAGCAGGUGGAAAAGCAGAUUUCUGUGGCCGACCUGCUGGCGUCCUUCAAUGACCAGAGCACCUCGGACUACCUGGUGGUCUACCUGCGGCUGCUCACCUCCGGCUUCCUGCAGCGCGAGAGCAAGUUCUUCGAGCACUUCAUCGAGGGGGGGCGGACUGUCAAGGAGUUCUGCCAGCAGGAGGUGGAGCCCAUGUGUAAGGAGAGCGACCACAUUCACAUCAUCGCGCUGGCCCAGGCGCUCAGCGUCUCCAUCCAGGUGGAGUACAUGGACCGUGGCGAGGGCGGCACCACCAACCCCCACGUUUUCCCCGAGGGCUCGGAGCCCAAAGUCUACCUUCUCUACCGGCCGGGCCACUACGACAUCCUCUACAAGUAGGGCCACCCAGCCCAGCCAUGUACAGAGGUUUUUUGUGGUUGUAAAUGGUUAUAUCUCACCCUAUCCCCCUUUCUGUCCCACCACCUCCUGUGUUUUAUUAAAGAGGAUGUUGGUGGUGA